AUGUCUUACCAGCAGGGCUAUCAGUUCGAUUAUAUGGCGGAUGGAGGGGACAUGUCUGAUUUUGUCAAGGAUGUGGAGGAAGAAAAUCAAGGUGGAGAUAUGGGUCUUGAUGAGUAUGACAUGCUUACCAAAGUGUCAGAUACGUCAUCUGCACAAGCGAGAAAGGGAAAGGACAUUCAAGGUAUUCCAUGGGACAGAUUGAAGAUAACAAGGGAAAAAUACAGAUUGACGAGGCUAGAACAGUACAGGAAUUAUGAGAACAUCCCUUUAUCUGGGGAAGCUGUGGACAAGGAGUGCAAACAAAUGCAGCAAGGUGGAAAUUACUAUGACUUAUUCCAUAAUACAAGACUGGUUAAACCUACAAUCCUUUAUUUCCAGGUUUGGAAUUUGUCUGAGGUUCUCAAUUUUGCAGGACAUGUUGCCCCAACAGAGUCUCUUGAUAAACAAGGAAAACGCUUUUUCAGGGGUGGAAUGCAUUUCAUGGCAUCCAAUAAUGACUGCGGCAUAAGAGAAUAUGACAUGGAGAAGUUUCAGCUUUUGAAUCACUUUCGUUUCCCUUGGCCAGUGAAUCAUACAUCAAUAAGCCCAGAUUGUAGGCUUGUUGCGGUUGUUGGUGAUCAUGUAGAUGCAUUGCUCAUGGAUUCGCAGAAUGGGAAGGAUCUUUUUUCUGAUCAUGAUACUCUUACUAUUGCUAAGGUCGUUGGUCAUCUGGAUUACUCUUUUGCGUCAGCAUGGCAUCCUGAUGGUCGCAUAUUUGCCACCGGAAACCAGGACAAGACUUCCCGAGUCUGGGACAUAAGAAAUCUUUCAUUGCCAGUUGCCGUUCUGAAGAAUAACUUUGGUGCUGCUAGGUCAAUUCGCUUUUCAUCAGAUGGUCAGUUCAUGGUGGUCGUGGAACCUGCAUAUUUUGUGCAUAUAUAUAGCACAAAGGCAGAUUACAAAGGGCGGCAAGAGAUUGAUUUCUUUGGGGAGAUAUCCGGUGCAUCAAUGAGUCCUGAUGAUGAGUCUCUGUAUAUAGGAAUCUGGGACCGAACAUACGCCAGCUUGCUACAGUAUAACAGAAGGCAUACGUACGGAUAUCUGGAUUCUUAUUUUUGA